AUGUAUCCACAAUUUUCACCAACUUUCCUAUCCCGUUCUUCAUCAUUGCCCUUUCGUAACAACACUCUUGAGCCAAUGUCUGCAAGUCGGGUCACUCAUAAUAUACCGUCUUUGCGUAGUCAGCCUGUUCUGAGAGAUUCUAUUGCACUUCCAUCUAGACAUCACAAAGAGUACACGGAUCUUGUACGACCCAUCCCAGGAGCUUCUGCUAUUCAAAGACUCCCUGUCCCGCAAGACAUCCCAGACAUUCGACCUGAGUCUCCCAUCUUUGCCUUCAAUCCUCCACCCAUCCAACACGUAUAUCACCAAAGCCGCUUCAACUUCACUCCCACAACCAAUCAACCCAUACUCGCCCAACACAGCUGGAAUCGUCUAUUCAUUGAGAUCCCCGAUCCCAUCUUCUACUUCAAUCCACCAAUAUAUCAACCCAUUGACAUGUACUACGGCUCCGAUGAAUUCUUAGCUUAUCAAGAAGUAGAACAUGAUGAUCACGAAGAUGGGACUGAUGAUACUUCACCCUUGGACACUCAAAGUGAUACGGGCUCUCAGACUUUAACCUCCGAUUCAAUUGGUUACAGUGACUCAAGAUGCGAUGUCAAUGUGGAUGACUCGGAUUCUCAGAGUUCAAGCUCUGAUUCGAAUGGUUCUUGUGAUUCAAGAUGUGAUUACGACGAGGAGCCUUCAAGUUCAAGCUCUGAUUCAGAUUCUUCUGGGUCUGAUUCAGUAUCAAGGUAUCAUGGAGAUGUGGAUGUCUGGGAUUCGCAGGCUUCAAGUUCUUCGGGUUGUUCUGUGUUUGGUUCAUCAUCGAUGUACGACUCUAACGGGACUUCAAGCCCUCGAUCACUUUGCUCUAGGUGUGAUUCACCAUCGAGGUACGAUGCAGAUGUGGAUGACCGCAACUUAGUGGAGGACCCACUUGAUCACGAUAUCCCAUUGAUGUAUCAUGAUCAUGCCUUGAGAGAUUUUAUCCCGCUUCCGGCUCGAGUUCAUGAAGAGGAGCACAAUAUCAUUCGUAACGAGCGGGUUGAGUAUGCACCCGCUUCACCUGUUGGUAUCGUUCGAGACGACCGAGAAGCUCAACCUGGACCCACAGGAGGAUAUGAUUCAGAUUCCACUUCUCCUGGUUUUACUAUGAAAAGACCUCGAUCAGGCGAUUCAUCUAAUAGUCCUACAAAAAAAGUCAAGCUUAUGGGACAAAAUCAUGAGAAAAUGGAUGGAAGGAUGACUCCCAGCUCUUCUUCAUCUCGCGCUACCCGGCUAACCAUUGGAUCAUCAACAAACCCUAAACCAGCAAGACCUAGCUCUCGUGUUCUCUUAUCCCCACCUAGUUCGACCCCACGUUCACCUAUCAAAACCACUUCAACUACACCUGCCAAAACUCCACAACGUACUUCAGGUCGACCAUUAUGGAACAGCGGGAAAGCAAAUUGCGGUCUAAGUCUCAAUUUAACAAAACCUACACCAACUAGAGCGAGCACACGAACAGCAUUGCCGAGAUCGAGAGGGGAAGAAGCAAGUGAUAUGUCAUUUGCGAAUACCACUUUUGUUAGUGCAGCUAGUGGAUUUGAUGAAAACAGAAGACCGGUUUCUCCCUCUAAAUCACCUUUGAAAGGAUCGCAUCCAUCAAUACUGGCUGGUUUAGGGUUUGGAAGAAUGGCGGGUAGUAAGACUCCUACUCAUGAAGCCAAGAGUCUCGCAUCACCAACCAAAGUGGGAUUCAGUGAUCGGACUAUCGCUGGUUAUGACCCUCAGAAAGAACCAAUCAAAGCUUUUCUACGUAUCCGACCUCCUCAUGCGUCUUCGACAGCAAGAUCACCAUAUAUUGAGAUUCUCAACGAUACAGAAGUUUUACUCACCCCACCUACUCAAAGUUCUGCAACGACUUUCAGUUCUCAUGAUUCAAGUGCAAAGUACAAAUUUACACGUGUUUAUGGUCCCGAAGCAAGUCAAGAAGAAUUCUUUCAGGGUACUACAUUACCACUCGUUGGUGACUUGCUCGAGGGUAAAAGUAGUUUGUGUUUUGCAUAUGGGGUAACAGCUUCAGGUAAAACUUAUACCGUUCAAGGUGGACUUGAUACUUCUCGUGAUGGUACUUCAAUGGAUCCUGGACUCUUACCAAGAACGAUGGACGUAUUAUUCAAUUCGAUUGGAAAUCAACAAACUGAAAUGAGAGUUAGACCUGCAAGACUUACUGCGGUAGAAAUCGCACCACUGAUACCUGAUCAACCUACAUUUAUUCAACGUUGUAGUUUAUCAAAUGCACAACUUGAAACAGCUACUCAAUCCAUCUUGAAAGACGAAACGGUUUUACCUAUCGAUCCUAAUUCUGAGUAUGGUAUAUGGAUCUCUUAUGCAGAAGUUUAUAAUGAAAAAGUUUAUGAUUUACUUGAUUCACAUUCAUCACUUUUGACCUCAUCAUCAUCUGGUACUACAUUUCAAUCAUUAACCGCCAAUAUAACAGAACAAGUUAAAAACGUGACUCAAAUGUUACAUAAUAAAGCUUCUAGUUCAGGUGGAGUGAUCAAAAGAAAGGCAUUGAUACUUAAACAUGAUAAACCAAAUGGAAAUAAAUAUAUACAUGGUUUAACUGAAAUGAGAGUCAAGAGUACAGAAGAAGCUAAAUUAUUAUUGAGACAUGGUCAAAUAAAUAGAUCAGUUUUUUCAACUUUAGCAAAUCGAACCAGUUCACGUAGUCAUGGGAUCUUUACAAUCAAAGUUUUAAGAAUUUCAAAACAUGUUAAUGGAAAUGAGAAUAUUUUAUCACAUUCCCAAGUUUCGAGACUUUCAAUUGUAGACUUAGCUGGAUCUGAAAGAACAAGAAAUACACAAACUACAGGAGAAAGAUUAAAAGAAGCAGGUAAUAUCAAUAAAUCUUUAAUGGUUUUAGGACAAUGUAUGGAAACUUUGAGAAAAAAUCAAGACUUUAUACAUCAUUCACGUAAACAAUCUAUCGUACCAUUUCGUCAUAGUAAACUUACCGAACUAUUUCAAAGUUUUUUUACGGGUGAAGGUAAAACGGUGAUGAUUGUAAAUGUAAAUCCAUUUGAUACUGGAUUUGAAGAAAAUUCUCAUGUGAUGAAGUUUUCGGCUGUUGCAAGUGAAGUUUCAACUAUAAAAGAAGGUCGAAAUUUUUUACAUCCUGAACUUUUGAAGCCUAUUGUUGGAAAAGUUGGUGAAGAUGACGUGAUUAAAGAAUGUAGUCUUGUCAUUGAAGAUGAAGAUGAAGAUACUGAAGAGAUUGAAACUGAGAAUAGUGCAGAAGAUGAUGGAUUCGUAAAUCAUUUAUUAGAUCAAUUAUCAAUUAUGAAAGUCAAGCUUGUCGAAGCUGAAAUUCGCGCUGCUAUGAUUGAAGCUGAAGUUAGAGAAGAAGUGAUGCAAGAGUAUAAAGAAAGAAUGAUGGAAAUGGAAGAGAUGUUUUUGAAAAAUAUGGCACUUGACGCUCAAGAAGCUGAAUUGAAAACUGAUAGAAAAAUUGAUAUUUUUAAUCGAGCUACACAACAUCAACAUAAUGAAGAAGAUGAAGAAGAAGACGAGGAAGAAGAUGAAGAAGAAGAAUCUUUUGAUGAAAAGCUUGAAGAUAUAGAUUAUGGCGAAGGAGAAGAAGAAGAAGGACCAGAAAGUCCUACACCCAAGAAAGUUGUAGAAAACGAAGAAGAAAAGAACGAUGAACCUAGAAGGUAA